AUGAGUGCCCAGAUCCGCCAGGAUUAUUCCGCCAAGGUGGAGGCUGCUCUCCAGCACCUGGUAAACCUGCAUCUGCCGGCCUCCUAUACCUACCGCGCUCUGCGCUUUUAUUUUGAAGGUAACGAUGCAGCUCUGAAGGGCAUGGGCCACUUCUUCGAAGAGUUGUCUGAGGAGAAGUAUGAAGGUGCCCAGCGCUUCUUGAAGAUGCAAAACCAGUGGAGUGGCUGCCCUCUCCUCCAGGAUGAGCAGAAUCUGUCCGAAGAUAAGUGGCUUAGCAGCGUGGAUGCUAUGGAAGCCGCGAUGGCCUUGGAGAAGAACCUGAACCAGGCCCUUCUGGAUCUGCAUGCUCUGGGUUCUGCCAACACAGAUCCUCGUCUCUGUGACUUUCUGGAGAGCCAUUUCCUGGAAGAGAUGAAACUCAUCAAGAAGAUGGGUGACCUUCUGACCAACCUCCGCAGGCUGGCUAGCCCCCAGGCCGCGCUGAGUGAGUAUCUCUUCGAAAGGCUCACCCUGAAGCCCGACUAG